GCACACACCUCUGUGCACAGACACACUGAUCGUCAGAACUGCUCUUUAAGUUGUGUCUUUUCUUGCUUUUUUUGGUCCUGUUUUGAGAGGGGAUUCACAAAAGCCACAUACGCAGGGUGUCCGUUUGAUCCAGAAAGGCAGCAGACAAAAGUUUCUGGGAGGUGACAGAAAGAGACAGGUUGGACAGGCAGGCUAACAAAAUGCAGGGAGCGGUCAGGCCUGUGUCUGUACUGGUCAUGGGGUGGGCCCUCGUGACCUUCCAGGUAUCUCCUGUGGAGCCAAAAAAUCUUACCCUGACCCAGGAGAACUUUGAUCUGGAGCAAUUUAUGGGAAAGUGGUAUGAGGUGGCAGUGGUGUCUACCUGCCCUCAUUAUAUGCAGCGUAAGAGGGGAAACCCUGUCAUUGUUGCACUUGAGCUGAAACAUGUUGCAUCUGAGGAGAACUUCACCAUGACAGCCACUACUUUCAGGAACAGCUUGUGUACGGAGACUUCAACAGAUUACAGUCUGACGGACACUCCAGGGCGAUUCUUCUACCACACUGCAAAGUGGGGGGCAGACGUGGAUGCAUACGUGGUUCACACAAACUACAAUGAGUACGCCAUAGUAAUAAUGAGCAAGCAGAAGUUAUCAGGCAAUAAGACCACCUCAGUUAAGCUUUACAGUCGAACUAUGACUGUGAGAAACACUGUCCUGGAUGACUUUAAAAGACUGGUUAAAGACCAGGGAAUGAGUGAUGCCAAUAUUAUCAUUAAACAGAACAAAGGUGACUGUGUUCCUGGAGAGGAGGUGGCAACAGCCACAGCUCAGCCUAAGCCUCAGCGUGUGAGGAGAAAUGCAGUGCCUUCUUUGGCUCCAGAUGUGGAGGGCUCUGGUGAUGAUACAGCUAUGUUCAAUGGGACUGAGGCCUGUAAAGCAGCACCAGACACAGGACCGUGUUUCGGGAUCCACCUGCGUUACUACUACAACUCCUCUUCAAUGAACUGCGAGCUCUUCAAGUAUGGAGGAUGUUUGGGCAAUCAGAACAACUUUGAAAGUGAAAGGGACUGUUUGCAGAGUUGCCGCACCGAAGCUGUGUGCCGUCUGCCUAUGGAUGCUCAGCCCUGCACAGGGAAGCCUCCCAUCUGGGCUUUUGACUCCACCGCUGGUCUGUGUGUGGCCUACAAAAGCGGCUUCUGCCAGGCCAACGGCAACAAGUUCUACAGCAAGGCAGAGUGUGAGGAGUACUGCGGGGUGAUGAAAGAUGAUGAAGGGCUCCUCAAGGCAAACUGACUGAGAUGAGGAACCACUGCUGCUCAGUCAACAUAAAGGGAUACGACACAAACCACCACAGUAACAAAAUAUGGCUUUGUCUCAGCAGUGUUGUCACCAAUAAAAAAAAAAUCAAUACUA